UCGAAUGAAAACACGGAAGUAAUAAAGUAGUAAAAUGCUUCAGAGAAACUGUAUAAAAACUUUAUACGCGCUACAACACGUCUUAUUAACGUUAUUAACAGCUUAUAUCGUCAUAUUCAGUCACGGAAAACCUGAUGCUCUCUGUCACGAACUUACAAUUAGUCCAGAAAGAUGUAUAAUUUGGGGCCCCGGACUGGAGCCGCGGGCGGUGACGCCGGUGCGUUAUUUUUAUAUUCAGGCGGUGAAUAAAGAAGGAGAGAAUUUUACUGUUUCACCUGGUACAGACUCGUUCCAGGUGAGUGUGAGUGCUGUCUCGGGGCAGGAGCGAGUGCGUGUUCAUGUUCCUGCCCCUCUGGAUCGAAGUGAUGGUUCCUUCCUCGUGAGAUUCCGGCUUUACUCGAGUGUGUUGAACGGUCUGAAGGUCGAAGUCUCUCACAAACACACACCUGUGGCUCAGUCUCCAUACACACUAACAGGAGCGGUGUAUCAUGAGGACUGUGAUUGUCCUGAUGAGGACGCAGAGGCGUGGCUGAGUGUAAUGAAGUGUCCGAGUGCAGAUCCUCAGGUGGAGCACGAUUUCAGCGCUUUUCCUUCCAUUGAGCUACAGCGAGUGAGACAGGAAGUUCCCUUGCGCUUCUUUAACAGAGGCAUCAUUCACUACGCCAUCAUCAACAACCAGCUGCACCGCCGCUCGCUCGGGAAAUACACCGACUUCAAGAUGUUCUCAGACGAGAUGCUGCUUUCACUCACACGCAAAGUCCGUGUGCCUGACGUUGAGUUCUUCAUUAACGUCGGCGACUGGCCGCUAGAGACUCGCAAAGUUACUGACGUUCCUGGACCACUUCCCAUAAUCUCGUGGUGUGGCUCAAAGGACACACGUGACAUCAUUCUGCCCACCUAUGACAUCACUCACUCCACCUUAGAGACGAUGAGGGGCGUGUCCAAUGACCUACUGUCUAUACAGGGAAACACAGGUCCCGUGUGGGGGAAUAAAACGGAGCGAGCGAUUUUCCGAGGCAGAGACAGUCGUGAAGAGAGAUUAAACCUCGUCUCCAUGUCCAAGAAAAAUCCCGAGCUGCUGGACGCUGGGAUCACGGCUUUCUUCUUCUUCCGUGAACGAGAGAAGGAUCUCGGCAAAGCACCGCUGAUCGGCUUCUUCGAAUUCUUUAAGUAUAAGUACCAGCUGAACGUGGAUGGGACCGUAGCUGCAUACAGGUUUCCAUACCUGAUGUUGGGGAACAGUGUGGUAAUGAAGCAGGACUCUCCUUAUUACGAACACUUUUACACACACCUGAGGCCUGGGCGCCAUUACUUACGGAUCAAGAGGGAUCUGUCGGAUCUGAUUGAGAAAAUCCAGUGGGCAAAGGACAAUGAUGGUGAAGUGGAGGCUGUAGCGAGGGCAGGACAGACGCUGACCAGAGAACUGUUACAGCCUCACAGACUCUACUGUUAUUACUACAUGGUGCUAAAGUCAUACGCAGAUCGACAGGUGGGGAAACCUGCGCUUCAUCCUGAUAUGGAGCGAGUGAGACAGCCGUCUGACCACAGUGCAGCGUGUCACUGUCACAGGAGGACGUGGGAGGGGUCACGUGUCGAGCUGUGACACGUGCUGUAAUCAUCAAACAUUUCUACCUGCCACUGUGGGUGUGUCCCAAACCACACACCAUUUUACCUUCACGUACAGCUCCAUGUACACACACACACACACACACACACACCUUCACAUACAGCUCCAUGUACACACACACACACCUUUACAUACAGCUCCAUGUACACACACACACACCUUCACUUACAGCUCCAUGUACACACACAUACACACACACACACACCCCUUCACAUACAGCUCCAUGUACACACACACACAUACACACCCCUUCACGUACAGCUCCAUGUACACACACACACACACACACACACACCUUCACUUACAGCUCCAUGUACACACACAUACACACACACACACACCCCUUCACAUACAGCUCCAUGUACACACACACACAUACACACCCCUUCACAUACAGCUCCAUGUACACACACACACACACAUACACACCCCUUCACGUACAGCUCCAUGUACACACACACACACACAUACACACCCCUUCACGUACAGCUCCAUGUACACACACACACCUUUACAUACAGCUCCAUGUACACACACACACACCCCUUCACAUACAGCUCCAUGUACACACACACACACAUACACACCCCUUCACGUACAGCUCCAUGUACACACACACACACACACACACACACACACACCUUCACGUACAGCUCCAUGUACACACACAGGAACCUCGGCUGUGUCUCAUUCAGUAUUGAAGGACUUAUACUGAGCUGCAUGUAAAGAAGGAACUGAGUUCUGUAUGUGCUGAUAAUACAGUGAAUAAAUCAGUCAUCAUUUUAUAUCAGUAACACACACACACACACACACACACACACACACGCACAGUGAUUAUAUUUUAUAAGUGAAGAUGCUUUUAGUGUAUUAUAUUUUCUAAGAGAGAAACCAAGCCUGGCUUUUAAGCUGAUUGUUUACUGUCCUGUACUGUAACUGCAACAUCAGCAAAUUGUGUGUGUGUGCAUUUGUGUGCGUUUGUGUGUUAAAAUGUUUACACUUCAUCGGGCUGCUGAGAUUUUUACACUUUGUUAACUUUUUAAUAAAAACUUUUAUUUCA